AUGAACUUUUUGAAAAGUUUUGAUUAAUUUGGUGUUUCUUAUAAAUAGGAGAUAUUUAAGAAUGAAAAGCAAUUUAAAAGUGCUUUUGGUGGAAUAACAUCGCUUUUAUUAUACACAUUAAGUUUAGUGUAUUUUUUUAUAAAUUGUUUCUUUGGUUAAAUGGGGACAAAUUAUCUAGAGUUUCAAUUUAAAAAUCAACAUAAAAUUAUGCUGAUGUAUCAUUUGAAUAUGAUCCUAUUAUAUUUUAAGUUGUGGGAAUGA